GCUUCAUCCAUCCCCGAAUUUGGCAAAGAAAAGGGAAGGGGGAAUGACGGCUGCUGCAUCCGUCGAAUUUACCGCCAUCGCCCACCCACCCCUCCGAUCUCACCGCUCGCAUCUCCUCCCCAUCCUCGCCCCGAUCCCUACCCUCGGCUUCCCCGCUCCCCGCCACCGCGCCCUCCGAUCCUCCCCGGCCGCCCCCGCCCCCGGGGCACCGCCGCCGCCCCCGCCCCGCCGGAAUCCGGCCGCGCCCCCCGCCGCCGCCAUGCUCCACGGGAACCCGCUCGUCUCCGAUGCUCUCGCCGCCGCCCUGUCCGGCGGCAUCGCCCUCUCGAGCCUCCGGCUGUUCGAAGAGACGGCGAAGCGCGGCCUCUUUGACCAGAAACUUAAUAGGAAGCUUGUGCAUGUAAGCAUUGGAUUAGUUUUCAUGCUUUGCUGGCCAUUAUUCAGUUCUGGGCAUCAAGGUGCACUGUUAGCUGCUACAAUUCCAGGGCUUAACAUCGUACGCAUGCUUCUUGUGGGAUCUGGCAUUUGGAAAGAUGAGGCAACGGUGAAGUCCAUGAGCAGAUUUGGGGACCACAGGGAACUUCUUAAAGGGCCACUAUUCUAUGCUUCCACUAUUACAUUUGCUUGUGCAUAUUACUGGAGAACUUCUCCAAUUGCGAUUGCUGCAAUAUGCAACCUCUGCGCAGGAGAUGGUUUUGCAGACAUUAUUGGAAGGCGGUUUGGCCGUCAUAAAAUUCCUUACAACAGUGAUAAAUCGUUCGCUGGUAGCAUUGCAAUGUUCACUGCUGGGUUUGUAGCAUCUCUUGGGUUUUUGUCCUAUUUUUCUUCAUUUGGUUAUAUCCAAGGAAGUUGGGAGAUGGUUUCUGGUUUCUUGAUGGUCUCUCUUGCUUGUGCACUGGUGGAAUCGCAUCCUCUGAGCUCUGAGCUCGAUGACAAUCUCACUGUUCCCUUAACUUCUAUAUUGGUGGGGAGCCUUGUCUUUUAGGUUGGGGAUUGGGAGCAUCUUGGCAAAUGUGACAUUCAUUGUAGUAGGUAACAUUCAUUGUAUCCAUUCCCGUUUGACUGGUCUAGACGCUCAUGUUGUAUUCUAUGUAUUAUACUUCCAACUAAUAGCUUGACAGAUGUAUCAGUAAUCGACUAUAGUACAGAAAGUGCUGUAAAUUUUGCAGCAUUCUAGUUCUAUUCACCCAGAAAAUUUCAUCUCGCACCGUGUCAUAGUUUUUCUCUA